GGAAAUAGAUGGCGAUAAUUGUGACGUUAUUCUGUGACUUCGAGAAGAAAACAUCAGUUUUUCAAUAAGUUGAAAUGCAGGAUACGAAGCAACCGUAAAAUUAGUUAUUAUGGAGAAUGAUACUGGCUCAGGGGCAGAUGCCCCAGCUUCAGUUCAUGAUAAUCUCCAGGAGAGAGUGAGUUAUCUUGAGAAGGAAAAGGCAGAGUUGGAGAAAGAUUUUGGUAUCAAGAGAGCAAAAUUCAAAGAGCUUUUCAUUCAGAAGGAAGAUGAGCUGAAACGGGAACGCGAGCGAUGCCAGGCUAGCGAGGACAAGGUGAAGAAGAUGGAGGAGGAGCUGGAGAGUAUGAAGAACGAGAUGGAGAAGGUGCGGUGGGAGCUGGAGGGGGUGAGGACGGCCGCGGCCGUCUCUGAGGGGAACAAGCAAGAGGAGAUCGGCAGCAUUGUACACAAUUACCAGCAAGAGGUGGCCAGCCUGCAACAGCUUCUCAAAGAGGCGGCAGAGACAGCCUCAGACAAUACGGCGGCCCGCUACGAGUCGGAGCGCAGCAAACUCGUGUCGCUCAACGAGAACUAUGAGGAGGAGAUCCAGGAACUCAGGACCAAGCUCAGUCAAGAAAGGGAGGGUUUUCUGUCGGCUGUGGCCAAGUCUAUAAAACGUGUUGGGGCCGUCGGUUCGGCCAACACCAGCAUGGAACAUGAAAACCUGGAGGAGAGUAUGAGGAAGGCACAAGAGGACGCCCAAAUCUUGAAGUCCGUCGUCAUGCCUUUGGAGGCUGAAAUCAAAAUACUGAAGGCCAAACUGGAAGAUGCACAAUUAAAACUUGUCGAAAAAUCGGACCAAUCAAAACAGGGCUCAGGGUCAGACGAUCCCACCGGGAGAAAAUCUCCAUCUCUGCCGGACCUUGAGUCGAUCACAGACCCAGCUGAAAAGGUGGACAAGUUGUUCCAUUACCUGAAGGCGGAGAAAGCUGCACGCACUGACCUGGAGAUGUAUGUGGCCGUGUUGGGCACCCAGAAAGGCGUGUUGCAGGAGGAGGCAGACAAAGUGGCUAGUGAACUGCACGAUGUUUGCCGACUUCUGGAGGAAGAGAAGCAGUCGCAUGAGGCCUUGAAACAAACCUGGCAGAUGGCUAAUGACCAGUUCCUGGAGUCGCAGCGUCUGAUGAUGAUGGACCUGCGUCGAAUGGAGGGCGUCCUCACGUCAGAACAGCAGCGGCAAAUUGCAGAGACAAAGCUUCAAGAGAAAGACGAGGCCAGGGAAGCCCAGGAGAGAAAGGUCAAGGCCUUGGAGCAGCGGCGAGAGAGGCAGGAGAAGGAACAAGAGGAGCGAAGGAAACUGAGCCAGAGUCGGAGUGAAAGUGAAAGCAAAAAGGACUAUGAUGCCACAGACGCCGCAGGUGGUCCUGGGCAAGUGGCCGGAGGGUCCUUGGGCUCUCCAGCCUUCCGUGAGGCCAGUGGCAGUUCUUCCAGUCUAGUGGGAGCGGGGAACAGCUCGGCGCAGCAGCAGACGCUGAAGAGGUCAUCAUCCAGCUGUGAAAUGUCUGAGGUUCGGGAUGAGGACGAGGAGGCGGCCAUUUUCCUAGACAGUGGUGUCCACGAGACGCGGUCGUUGAAUGAGGCUGAUGGUGUUUUACGAGGGUCCCGGGAAGGGCUGACCGCGGUCAGGAUCAGCCCGGAGAAAGUUCUCAACCUGCCGUCACUCACAGCUGCCCAGAUGAAAGCCAUCACAGACCCCACACCAGAGACAGAAGCCCAUAAAUCUCUGGUGGCAAGUGUAAGGGCGGCAAAGUCUGGCAAGGUGAACCUGGAGGGGAAGCGGUUGGUCAGCGAGCGGGAAUGGGCUCUCCUGCAGGAGGAGAUGCGAGCAGCCCGUGACAAGCUGGGCCGCCCCUGUAGCAUGUGCUCCAACUACGAGGCUCAGCUGCAGACGGUUCAGGAGGAGCUGAAGAACUCGAGCUCGGAGCUCAAGAAGACGGAGCGCUCCCUGGCCUCGGAGCAGCAGACCAACAAGAACCUGCUCAAGUACCAGUCGGAGCUGGAGGAGGCCCUGAAGAACGCAGCGGAGGACGCUCAGUCGCAGAUUACCACGCUGUCUUCAAAACUGUUGGAGUGUGAGAAAUAUGUGCAAGACUUUCGGGAGCAGAUGUCCUCCUCACAGUCAGAGCUCCAGGUCCACUGUGAUAAGUUGACGACUGGUAGAGAAGAGGUCCAACAGCAGCUGGUGAAACUCCAGGAGGAGAAUGACAGCCUGGUGGACAAAUACUCCAAGACAGCCCAGCAGCUGCAGAAUGAGGACAUCAACCUGCCCAACAACCUAGAUGAGAUGCAGCUAUUGCUGCUGAAGUACCGGGAGGAGAUAAUCUCUGCCAAGGUGGCCAAGGAGCACGUGGAGGAGACGCUGAAGAGCGAGAUCGUCUUCCUCAAGUCGCAGGUGAUGGGCGAGCAGCAGGAGAAGAACACGCUGGAGGAGACCUUGUCGCAGGAGAUCACCUCGCUGCAGGAGAAGCUGGGUGAGCUGGACUCUGCCAAGAAGGACCUGGAGAAGGAAUCUUCGAGCCGGGCAGAGGCGGAGAGCAAACUGCGCGAGGCGGAGGCGUCUUUGAAGAGCAUACAGGCCAAAUCCAAGCAGCUCAUCGGCAAAAUGCAGGAGAGGGUGGAGGAGAUGGACAAGAAGAAGACGAAGCUGGAAACAGAGAACCACAACAUGAAGGGCAAGGUGCAGUCUCUACAAGUGGACUUGGACAACAGUGAGGCUGUACAGAGAGAUUUUGUCAAACUCAGUCAGUCCUUACAGAUUCAGUUGGAGAAAAUCCGUCAGGCGGAGACUGAGGUGCGCUGGCAGCAUGAGGAUGAUGUUGAUGACUGCAGCAACUGCAAGCAACCUUUCACUGUCACCAAACGCAAGCACCACUGUCGACACUGCGGCAAGAUCUUCUGCUCGGACUGCACCACCAAGUCAGUCAACAGCGGCCCCAACUUCCGGCCAUCCAAAGUCUGUGAUGUGUGCCACACAAUCCUGGUCAAAGAUGCCACACCCUACUUCAGCACAGAACCCCCGGCCACGCCUGACUAGAUAAGCUGUUAGUAGGUUGUUUUUUUAUGUUUGUUUGUUUUUUGUUUUUUUUGGUGUUUUUUUACAACAUAUUCUGACAUAAAUUGUUCAACGUACACAAAAUAUGUGUGGCAUCGAGGUGGAAAUGGGUACUUGUCAAAAUGAUGAAACUGAAGAAACUGUCGGUUUUCCGCCCAUCAAGCAAUUUUUAUUGGAUUUAUUAUUUGGGGAGGGGGGGGGGGGGGGCUCAAUGCCUUUUAAUCUUUUAUGUCCAUUUGAAUUCACAUGUCUGUGGAUUUUACUGACAAACUUUGAUCAAAGGUAUGAAGAAUGUAAAAGUAUUUUCCAAAGAAACUCGGGCUUUGGAAGUCCCAAACUUAAAGUGCCACCAGGCAACUCUCAUCUCCUUCAAUAAGAAAUAUUUCAAGAUAGAUGGAUAUUUGUUUCCAUUGAAAGCUGGACAAAUGAACAAGUUUAAGAUUAACUCCAUAUGCCCAAAAACUGAUAAGCGCCAAAUUCCACCUUGCUGCGACACAUAUUCUGAUAAAAACUGUUCAACUGUACACAAAAUGAAAUUCCUGUACUCAACGGACGUGAAGAGUGCUAUUAGAGCUGGCUUCUGCUGGCCGUUCUUACCCCCCCCCCCC